CUUUCACUUCAAGAUAAACGUAACUGAUGUUAGUUUUUACCUCUCGUAAGUAAGUUUCGGUGAAAUGAAUAGAAUAAUCCACUGAACAACAUGGCAUGCUGUCCAAAUGUCUUCUUAUUGUUUGUUUAAGUACUUGCAAUUAGAGGGUAUUUGGUAUUUCGUUAACACCAAGAAAAGUUGGUCAUAACGCUUGUGUGCUUCAUAUUGAAUGGUUUUGGAUAUUUUUAUACCUCAAGUUUUUACAGUAAUUUUUUGACCGUUUGAAAUUCUCGAACUAUUCACUAAAAGCAACGAAUUGUAAUCUUGUAAUAUUGAAAUGGGCGUGCCUGACAUCUAUCAAAUGUAAAUUACAAUCCUUUUCUAUAGGAAUCAGUAGCUCUUGCAUUUAAAAAAAAAAUUGACUGUCGAGUGGUGCUACUAUCCGGUUUCUGGAAUUAGUAGAUGUCAUCAUGCCUUAUUUGAAUGGUGAACCUUUCGUUAAACGGCAGCCACCAAGUGAUCUCUCAUUAGACGAAGAGUUAUUUUUCCUGCCCACUACGUUGGAAGUUUUUCGUGACUACGAUGACUAUUUCGAACGUACAAUUCUUGUAAAUAGUCUAACAUGGACUUGUUCAGUGUGUAAUAGAGGACCUUCCACUUACAAAGAAGCACUGGCAUGUGAGCGUGGAGACUAUCGGCAGUUGAACGCCUUUGAUAAUGCUCUGGCUUCUGCAUUGCUGUAUAUUAUUGGAGGUGCACGGAAACGAAGGCUCCCAGAACUUGUUGAACUAAUAUGUGGAUUUGCAAGUAGUCGAUUUUUCGUUGGUGAAGAGAUUGAAUUUCAGACUGCAGAUUCGAAUGUUCGGUCUCUUGGUAUUAUUGAUCGUGUGGUCGUGUCACAGAGAAAAAGCCAGUUUGAGCAUAGUGGAUUAUCGAUGGAUCCAAAUGUUCAGAAGCCUGCCUUUCCUGAUGCAUUGAAACUUCAUUACUGUGUAAGGGAGCAUAAAAAGUCUGAUAAUGUAAACCGUAUCGCCUCAAGUGUUUUGGUACCUGGAUCUAUUAUUAAUCGUCGCAGUCGUAACGUACUGGCUAGGGAUCACAUUAAGUUCUUCAUUCGCCACACGUGCGAAUUAAGAAACGGUGUUUUCACACCCAAAGUUUCGAUUUUGCAACGUUAUAAGUUACAUCCGUAUGGACCUGUGACAUGGGCUAAACUAUUUCUGCCACCAGAACCUUGUUGGUCUGAACUGACGCCUGCUCCUCCAUCCUCAAUAAUUCGGACUGUGAGCAAUCUAACGAAGGAAUCCAGUCGCCCUAUAUGCCAAGGUUUUAAAGUUAUCGAUACUUAUACGGAUGAAUGGACCAGUCGAGGUCAAACGAAACCUUCUCCAAACGUUCCAUGUUCCAUUGCCAUUAACCAUAACAUGGCUUCAUCAGGAGGAACAACCCGUGUACAGUAUUUUGAACCCCUCGGUUUUCAGUCGCAAAAAGUUCUUUAUCAACAGACACAUACACUAAUGGGUGGUACACAUGCAAUGAAUGGUCCCUAUAAUCAGUCAUUACCACAACCAGUUUUUGAUAUUUCACGUUCUUUAAAAGUUGAAAAAACUGAAUUAGAAAAGGAGUGGGGUAUGGUGCGUCGUCGUGAUGAUUUGGAAUUAUCGGAUUUAGUGCCAUUACCAGAAUUCGCUAAGUUUCCUUCUUCACUUCCUCCGGAUGAUAUUGGCUCAGCUCUACAGUUACUAGAGUUUCUUCAUGUAUUUGGUCCACACAUUGGACUUGUUAUCCCACAAAUAGGUAAAUGUACAGAAGUGAUCGGUACGAAUUUAUCCCGUUCUACUCCUUCACUUACAUUAUCUACUUUGGAAAGUAGCCUUUUGGAAUCGGAUCCGUGUGGUCCUUUAGCCGAUUUCUUUAUAAGUAUGCUGUCUACUAUACGUAGGUUAGAACUGGACGCCAAUUCUCGUCAACCAACUCCAAAUGCUUCGGCCGCAACAAUUGCUGCAGCGUCGGCUGUUGCUGCCGCCGAAGCUGGUUUUUCUGUGAAUACACAAGUCUCCCAUGUUUCUGGAAUUGGAAUUGAUAAUAAUUCACUUUAUGAUGAGGAUGCAGUCGGUCCUGAAGACAGUGCUGUCUUCCGUGUGCUACGGGAUGCUGGAGCUUCAACUCGUUUAUGUGAACUUAUUGGUAUACCAACCCAAGCAGCCACCAUUGCUGCCGGUAAAGCUGCUGUGGCUGCUUCUGUUGCGUUGAACACAACAGGUGGAACUGUUGUAAAAGAGGAUUCAUCAGGGAUUUCAUCUUCAGUAUUUCCAAAUGCAAUUAACCGAAGUUCUGUUACACGUGCUGCAACAACGGCAGUCAUUGCUGGGGCUACAUCUUUACCACCAUUGGAUCGUGCUGGUCUUUCUGAAGCACUUUGGUUACACAUAACUAGUGCAGCUGCAAAAGGUGGGGGCUGGCGUGGUCAGAUUUGGGGAGGUACUCGACUUCUGGAUGACCCUUCCGUUAUGCUGGCCAGAAACAAUUCAGCUUUAGUUGAAAAGCUUAAAAAAGUGUCGGUUUAUGAACUAACUCCACAUGAAAAGUUGAUCUUGCUUACUACUUUGAUGGAUGAGCUCUUGCUUCAACCUCAGAUUCGAGAACGUAUGGAAGAUAAUUACGAACGUGUGCGUUUGUUACGCAAUCAGUUGCGCACUAUACAAGCUGAUAGAACUGUAUUGAUUAACUGUGGUACUGGAAUUGAGGAAGAACAAGAUGUUUUGAUACAUAUGAAGAAAAUGAACUCCACGAAUGAUGGCCGUGUUCAUUUCGCUCCUGUUGGUCUUAAAGGACGCUUGGGCAGAGGGAGAGGUCGUCCAGUGGGUUCUGGUCGUACACUAAGCCGCAAAAAUACGCAACUAGAUUCGACAGUCGCUCCGUUGGAGAAAUUUUUGUCAGAUGAGGAUUAUACGUUAAUCAAUCGAAAGGAACAUCGACCCAAUUCAGAUACUGGAACAACAACUUCUUGUAUCUCUUCCUCAUCUACAGCUAAUAUAUAUGAAAAAUUGACAGAUUCAUUAUUAGAGGAACAAAAGUUACUAGACUGUAUUACUCAGGUUUCACGUGGUUGCUCAAUGAUACCUCUUGGUCAAGACAGAUUUUAUCGACAAUAUUGGCUAGUAAUGUCUGUACCAUGCAUACUGAUUGAGGAUUGCCCAUGUGUUGAUAAAAAUCCUUAUUAUACUCAUGUUACAAUUCGAAAUCGUCAAGUUGUAUAUACGUAUCCUGAACUUGCUAAACAAAUGGGUCUUAGUAGCUCUGAGGAGGCUGGUAGACAUUUACGGGAAAUAAUGAAUUCUAUUAAGGAUAAUGAAUUAUUAGAUAGAGAAGAAAUAACAUUUCGUGUUGCCGCUUAUCUACCGCAUCAGUCUUUAUCAUCAUCAUCGUCGUCGUCAUCAUCAUUAUCAGGAGGUUUAUCAGUCGAACAACUGCGAACUCUUGUUAAACCGGAACGUGUCAGUGUCCAUGACUCUUCUUUACAUAAUGCCUGUCCUGCAGUUAAACAAUUAGCUAAGCUACGAUGUUAUCCAGGGAAGUCAUCUCUGUCCACAACUGUCUGGUCGAUUCUCAUACCCGAUAAGUACAGGGAAUUGUACCAAAAAAAGAUGCUUGAUUCAAAUAAUCAUACUAUCGUUUCUGAUUCAAACACAGAAGUUGUUACAUCUUCUUCCAUACGUGAUUGUUCUGAUACCCCUGUAAAAUUUGAAGAGUGUUAUAAUAACGUCAAUAGCAAUUCUAGUGAUGAUAAUGAAUCGAAAUAUAAGACAGAUGUUUCUGACGAUAACAAAAAUUGGUCUUUGACAAAUGAUGAACUUGAUUUAAUGGUUGAACAAGCCAAAUGGACUAUUGAUUGUCUAGAAGCUUCAUUAAACCCUCGCGGUAUCCGUGAGUCUCGUCUUCGUAAAACGAUUGGUCAGUUGCGGCCUUUACUUAUUAAAGUACUUACCAUGUGUCCACCGGAAAUAAUUUGUGCAACGAACGAUAACUGUUCAACAGUAGUUGACAAGACAGCAAUUAAUACUCAAAUUGCAUCUGGAUCAUUCGAACAUGUUGCUACCACUCUGGGGAAAUAUAAUUAUUCAGGUGAUAAAUCAACUCAUGCAGUCAUGUGUUCGUGGUUGGAAAUCGCUCUUGUUGGUAUAGGAUAUCGUCUUGGUCGUUUGGAUUUGAUUAAGCGUCUUUUGUUCAAUAAAAGCGGUAGUCUCACGGAAAAUUCAUCAAACACUGAAACCGAACUAUGUAAACAAGAUCUUAAAGAAUCUCUUCAAAACAAGGGUUCCAAUGAAGUGGAAAAGGAUGAGACUGUCUCUGUGUCAGUUGAAAAUUGUACUGACAGUUCUAUGAAACUUUCUGAGGCUCUAAAAACUCCACUAAAUUGUAGUCCUGUUAAUCCGGAUGUAAAGCGUCUUUCACAAAUAAUUUUAUCACUGGGCCAUGAUGUUAGUCCAAAAGGAGUUGCUGGACCACUGGCGAACGAUGAAAGGACUUUGCGUAGUGAACCUAUUAAUAUGUCAAUCAACAAACAAUCAACUGAUUUAGAAAAUAUAUUUUCAGAAAAUACUGUACCAUCUGAAGUACAUGAUUCAAAUAUAACAGCUAAUUCUAAUAUGACCCAAUCAUUUAGAACUACUGGUUGGCAAAGAUGGUGUGUUAAUGUUGAACAGGCUAGUUCUACAGCACAGUUACAUUUAUUAGCACGUGCUCUUGAACGUGGAGCUCAUCGUGCUACCUUAGGUGGUAGAGGUGUGUCGUCUGCAAUUGCUAAUUAUGUCUCGCAACAUCCUUUACCCACUCUAAAAUGUACUUCAUGUCGGUAUGUGUUAUUAUUAUUACUAUUACUAAAUUCGUUUUGUUACAUUAUUCUGGUUUUAUUUUAGGGACUUGAACUACCUACUUAUGUCUGUUACUCCUCGUGGUGGAGCGUAAGCCACCUACCAUGAUUCUCCAUCGAACUCUGUCCUGGGCAAUCCUUUCCAGUCUUUUCCAGUUGCUAUUCAUUCUUUUCAUGUCUGCUUCCAAUUCCUGGCUCAAUGGGUUCCUUGGUUUUCUUAUUCCCUUGGGAAUUGUAAGUUAGGGCUUGGUUUGUGAUGCAGUCUGAUGCUUUCAGCAAUGUAUGUCCUAUCCAUCUCCAACGUCUUUUCCUAAUUUUGAGUUCAAAUGGAAGCUGGUUUGUUUUCUGCUAUAGUAGGUUGCUGCCAAUGGUAUCUAACUAAUGGAUAUGGAGUACCUAGCGUAAAUAACGGUUUAUAAAUACCUAUAUCUUUAUGAUGGUGUUAUAAUUCUCUCUUAUUACAACCCAGCUAUUCCUAUUGCUUAGUAUUCUCGGACAACAAUUCACUCGACAAGUCCCCAAAUCAGAACACGGUUGAACAGGGAAAAGAUUAUAUUCCAAAUAACAAAGUUAGAUAGAAGUAAGAAGCACAAUAAGAAAAACGUUAGUAUAUUUAUAGUUUUUACAUGAAAUUUCUAGAGUAUUAUCCGAGUAUCGACUUGCGCGGAUUGAAUAAGAAUCAGCCGAUCAGCGUGCAUUGAGCAUGAUUUAAUCCAAUCUAUGUCUCACUGACAGAUGAUUAUGGUAGUUCUCCGUGUUUUAGCUCCGUAGAAUACAUCUGUCUGGACGUUUAUAUUAAAGAUUCUGACUUUGAUAUUGACUGACAGUUGUUUUGAGUUCUAUAUGUUCCUUAAAUGUAGGGAUUCUGCCCUUGCUUUGCCAAUCUAGACCUGUACAUUUGUAUCAGAUCCUUCUUGUUCAUCGAUGAUAAACAACUUAACUACUCUAAUGAAAAAAAGUCCUUCUUAAGCUACACUGACUUUAUUUGUAGAAUUUUUUGAAUACGGUCAUAGUAUUGUUGUUAUCACUAUUAGUAGAAAUUUAAAGUAAAUGUGUAUGGGAAGAAAAUUAUAGCGGAAUGUUUUACAACUAUAUUAUGCUCUAUACAUGACAAAUGACCGGAAAUCAAAAGUUUUAUUCAAUGUUUUUGUGUAGACUGAAUUAAAUUCACUAUGUGAAGUGAAUAUAGAAAGCUAUUUAAUUUUUUGAUUAUUUAUUUAAACAUAUAAAUAUUGAUAUAAGGAGGUAUCAUAUAUAAAUGCGUCACAGUGCAUCAUUCAAUUAGUAUGAGGACUGUAAUACUGCUCGGGUGCCCAAACCAAAUCAGGUAUUUGGACUUCUUGUCGUAUAAAAAUGAAAAAUAUCUACAUGAUGUCUUAUUGAUUUGUCAUUUAAUUAUUUACUAAUUAUGAGUUACUAUUUCUUAAAUACAUAUUUAACUGUUAUAUUAGUUGAAUUUUACGAAUUUUACACUCAUUAUUAUGAGUUUGUUGAUGCUUCCUUAUGUAAUCAGUCCAUCAUGUUCCAUUGUCUAUUUAUGAUAAUUAAUCAAGAUACCUAGAAUUUAUCCCAGAAUAAAACGGUUGAAAUUUUCUUCCGAUAAUAGUAAUAACAAUAUUAGUAAUGAAAUUCAUAAGUAUGAAGUGACGUGUUUCUCUUUGAAUUUGUGGUUUGUAAAGAAAGUUGGAAUGCUUGUAACCAACUUUUUUUGAAUAUUCAACUUUGAUAAUAUACUUUCUCGCUUUUAUUUUCUUCUGGAAUGUAUGAAAGUUUCAUUUUAGACGUAAUAGGUUUUUUCGAACAUCUUUUUAACUUUGAGAUCUGGAUCGGUGAUACAUGACACUUUUUGUCUAGUUGUUACUCCGUUUGCCGAUAUUUUUAAAUCAGCUGUCAGUUACUGAAUUCUAAGCUAGCUACCCUGAUUUCUGUCUCUACCCUUUAAUUUUUUUUGUUGUUGUUGGCAAAUUUGCCAUUCUAAUUGAUUAUUUUGUUCACUACCUAAAAACCUUACUUUCCACACUAAUAUAUUUAUAAUUUCAAAAAUGUCUGGAUACUUUUAUUGUAGGGGUCCUCCAGAUGUUUUGACUGUAUCAACUGCAUCCGGCAAUCUGUCUGCAUUUUCUGUUUGCUCUGGUUGUGCUUGCCCCUAUCACCUGGAUUGUCUUCUUUCUUCAAGCACCCGACGAUCUCGAACUAAACAACUUGACAUUUCAGAUUCAAAUAGUCCAAAUAACAUUGAUUCACCGUUUACUGGGUUUCUGAGCAAUUAUUCCUCUUUAUCCAGUGUUACAUCUGCUCGUCUUGAAGUGUUAGGUGGUAGUCUUAUAUUGUGUGGAUUUUGUCUUCGUUCAGCCGAGGCGUUAUUGUCAGGAGCAGAUAAUCCUACAGGGCUUUUACAGUCGAACAAUGAAGCAUUUGAAUUAUCUACUACAUUAGUAUAUACAAACGAAGAUUAUCUGGGUACUAAUGAAAAUACUUCACUCCAAAAGAAGACAAAUCGAGUUAGGAGAAAACGUCGUUCUGUUGUUUUUGACGAGUCUGAUGAUCCUACGUCAUACGAUGGGAAUUCAGAUGAGAAAACUGAUCAUCCUCUUGAGAAUAUGGAGGAGCUAGAUCCUGAUAAAUCGACCGGAAAUCAGCAUACGGAAACAGGACACACAAAUAAUGUACAUGUAACUAGACGUCGUGGAAGACCUGCUCGUCUUCAUCGUGUAUAUAGUAGUCGUGGUCGUGGUCGUCGUUCAACGAAAUUUCUGUCAGAGAAAGUUAGUCAUUGUGAUAAAACUGUUGAACCGAGCUUAGAAGUUACUUAUGCAUCACCCGCAUCAGUAGAUAUGUCAUCGAUCAGUAAAUUGUGUGUUACUGUGGAUGUUCAUUAUGAUGAUGAAGUCGAACAGUUGCUUAGUCCUUCAGAUCAUCAAAGUAAAAAACUCAAAGGAGACUCCGGGUCUGUAAAUUCAGCUUUAACAACAAACAAAUCAUGUCCAACUGUUGAACCUGAGGGAAAUUGUCGCUAUAAUUGUGUUUCACAAAUUACGAGUACCAAUGAUAGAGGACGUCGUUCUAGUCGUGGUCGUCCUCGAAAAUCUGAAGUUACUCUACCCAACCCCUCACUCGAAAGUCCUGAUUCAGUCAAUCCUUUAUCGUGUAGUCGAGAGCAGUUUGAUCAAGCUACUGCUGAAUGCUUCCUAUCAGAACUAUGUACGAUCAGUUCAGCACGUCCACUUCUCCGAUGUGGUCUUGGUCGAACUGUAGCUUUGAAUGAAUUAAAUCAAGCUAACGGUAAUUCAGAAGAUAGUUUCGUUGUUAAUUCCCUAUCUGAACGUUCUCGAGCAAGUCAUCGAACACGCUCAACAACAUCGGGUCAUUCUUCUGAGGACCGUAGAUUAUAUGCUCUAGAUUUGGUCGGGUUACAAGAGAUUUUGGCUCGUGGAGAAUUACCUCAGGGACCAGGACAAGUAAUCUCUCAGCUGCGACUACUCCUAUCUCAUUGGCUGCGUAGCAAUCGUCCUGGUAGUCGUUUGCAUCAAUGUGCUUCAGAUUUACUAGAACAGAUGAAUAAAAAGUUGAAAGCGUUACAACAAUUGAAUAUCCCCACUGUUAAUGAUAAUAUCAUUAAUAGUAACAAUAGCAACAGUAGUAAUACUGUUACUAAUUCUUUAAAUAACAGUAAUAAUAUUGACAGUGAAAAUCUAAGUCCUGUCAAUCACCACCAAUCACAACCAUUAUUCACUACUAGUCAUUGUGGAAAACGCAAACGGUAAUGAUGAUGAUUUUAUGUUAAUUGAAAUAUGCGGUUUUACAUUUAUUGUGUAUAUUUAUUAUUGCCUUUUUUAUUCUUUACUAUUUAUUUUUGUACAGUAAAAUCACUCUAUAUACAUAAUGAAUAGAAAAUGAGUGUUUUCACUAUCCCUUUCCGUCUUCGCUCUCUAUAAUAAGUCCUGUUUUGAUAAACGUAAGUAUGUUGUUACUACUUUUCUUAUUCUCCUCUCUGAACCACUUUUGAAAAUAAUGUCAAUUGAUAACCUCUUUCUUUUUGUUUCGAUUUGUAUAUGUUGAUCAUUUGUUUUUUUUGUGUAUGUGUGGUUUCGUUCUUUAUUACUAUGUGCAGACUGUUAUUGAAAUUGUAAUAAAAUAUAGAAAUAAACCAAUUAUCAAUACACGUAAUUCCUUUCUUUACGUUUAAUCUAUCAGUUAAAUCAUUUUUAUGUGAUAUUCUCAUAAUGUUUCAUAAAGGAUAAAGAGAUAUGUGUUUUUGAUUGUUUUGUAAGAGCUAAUGUUUAAUUUCACUUCUUGUUUUAUAGCUUAUUAAAGUGUUUAUCCAGUAAAUAUUGGAAGAUUUUUAAAAGCUUUUUCAAGUAGUUGGGUAAAUUGUAUUAUUGUUUUCUAUCCUUCAAUAAACGUUACCUGUAAGUCUUUAUUUAAGAAUUCUUAUUUACUCUUCAAGUUGGUGAAUUUAUUACUCAAUGAGAUAGUAUAGUGAAUAGUUUUCGUAACUAUUUUCUUUUAGUACAUUUUCUGUUAGUAAGUGUAGAACAAAAGUUCUAAAUUGAAUUAGUUUAAAUUAUUAUCUUUAGAUAUAGUCUGAAACCAAUUUCAAGAAGACUGGCAAAAUAUCUGAAAGAGAGCAAACAAUAAGAUGUGAUAUGAUGUUUUUGUUUGUGCUGACCCUACUUACUUUUGACCGUAUCUCAUCCGAUUUUGAAUCGUUGGUUAUAAUCAAAAAGCAAACAACUUACUUUAUAAGUACUACUUGCCACCUCUCAUGCUGAUCUUAUUAUUUCCAUUGAAGCGAUAAUCUUAUCCUCAUUAUUAACUGUUUAAGAAAAUUGAGUUUUUCAUUUGUUUGUGAAUAGGAUGUAUUUUCAUUCACUACUGAGAAUGUGAAUUCCAUCCAUACUGAUUAUAUAUUAUCAUUUUUCUUCAUUGAUUACCACCUAGAUUUUGUAAGUAUUCUAUAGAAAUCAAUAAUCUUUGGAUUUUUAUCGGGAACUUGAAAAUACGAAAUACGAUCAUCUGUUAAUUAUUUAUAACUUAGUCUUAUCGUUAUACUCCAUUUGUAAGAGUUUGGAAUUAACCAAUCCUAGUGUUAGAUACUGCAGUUGUUCAGUCUAUUGUUGGCACAUCGGCCUCUUUAUAUUAUCAUCUAGUCACAUGCAUCUUCGUUUUUGCACAUGUUCAUCGUACUACCUAAAAAUAAAGGAAACUGCUUAAUUUUGGUUAACUCGGAACUAUUGGUUAAAAAUAAACUAUCCAAUGAAAUUAAAAUUGUAACUAGCAAUCACAUUGUAGUCGAAAUGUGCAACUCAAGUCUUUAAUAAACCAAUGAUGAUGAAGAAUCUUCCUAUUGGCGUUUGGGACUGCAAUUGAUCAGUCUCUUAUUGGAAUAUGUGCACUCUGUGCGGCUUGUUUUAAGUCAUAUAUAUUAUAUGGAGAGAUAGAUGACGGCUAGCAGUGGAAUCCAAGACUUGCGUUUCGUCCUAUUUCGAACUCAUCAGCUAGAUGUACCUUCGUCCCAGGGUUGAUGUUCACUCUGGGACUCGAAAUCCUUAGUUUAUUUGCAUUUAAUCAUUGGUAUGCUAAAAUGUAAAUGAAUGUUGAUGAUUAUAUUGUACAAAUUAGUUCAUUGCACGCUACUACAUUUUGUUAUAGACGUGCAUGAUGUUGUUAUAUCUACUGAAUUCAUUUUCAAAAAUGUAUACUUUCAUAAUAUAACUAACAUUUUAGUACUGUACGCUUUCAAAUUUGUUUGUUUUCCUCAACUUUAUUUGUAUUCUGCUUUACACAUUCAACUAAUUAAGAAGUUAAUAAAAUUUAAAUGAUAAGCUAAUAUCAGUGCUGAAUGCUUGUUAAUAAAUUAUGUAUAUCAUUUAUAUUGGCUUGAAAGUUUUAUCGUGAAGAAUGAAAGAAACUUAUCAUUAGACUGUUGUAUGUGAUCGGCUGGCAUAGAUUUUAAAAUAAACUAUAAUUCGUUCUCCAUUUGCAAUUUCCCCACUAAAUUGUGUAUCAAAUAUUACAUUAAUAAUAAGGUUUUUAAACAUCUGAUGUAUCUUAGUAUUUUUGACGUUUAACAGUAUAGUUAGACAGUUUUAGAGGUGUUGUACGCUAUGAAAUCUAUGGCAAUAUUAUCAUCUCUUAGAUAUUAGUUCUAUCAAGAACAAAUUACAUAUUUGUUGUGAUUUACUCUAUGGAUUACUCAGUUUAAUCAUUAUGACAGAAUUAGUUAUGGUUUUAAUAAUUUGGAAAAAGAAACCUAUUUCUUAACAUCAUAUUUUCAGUACAUGAUAAUCAUCGGUGUUGGCCCUUUCGUAUUGAACAUUAAAAAAACAUACAAUUCGCAUUCACAAACAUACAAGACUAGACAAAUCAAUAACUUUUUAUCAGAAUGGAAACAAUAACAUUUGGGUUACUAAAUAUAUCGGGUAACACAAUUCAACCGUUAACCCAAUGUCGUUGGUAUCGGUGGGUAUAAAAAACGUACAUGUCUUUACAAAAAUAUUAUCCAAUUAGUCACCUUGUUUGUGUGUUAAGUCGCUUCGCUAGAAAGUAGAAUUAUGUAAUGGAAAUAAGUCGG